CUUUUUUCCUUCAAGGACUCUUUAUUUUUAUUCGCUCAUCCACUCUCUUUUUGUUAUAAUGCCUGCAACUACUGCAAACAACAACAACAACAUCAAGAGCGAUAUUCAAGCCAAGAAGACCAUUGCUUGCAAGGUUCCUUCUGAAAGCGAGUCCAAGAAGGUUACUGAAAUCGUCAGUAGCCUUUCAAACGCUACUGAUUCCGACCGUGAAGCGAUUGCAGCUGAUCUUGCUGCAGCUGUCAAGUCCAACGGUAUUCUUUCUCUUAAGCCUGUUCUUGCUGCUUUUGAUAAGGAUAUUGUUUCCAAGAAGAACGUCAAUGCUCGUGCUUCUGCUAUCGCUGGUCUUGUGGCUCUCAUCAACGAAAACUUGGAAGGUCAAACUCAUCCCUUCCUCAUUCGUUUUGUUUCUACCCUUUUAGAGCUUCAAGCUGAUAAACAAGCAUCUGUCAAGGAAGCCGCCGCAGCCGCAGCAAGAAAUUUGGUCGAAAAGAUCAACCCCAAUGCCUGUACUCUCAUGAUUCCCUUCAUUCUCGAGGGUCUUGCCAACUCCUGCAAGUGGCAAACCAAGAUGCUUUCUCUUGAACUUUUGCAACUCCUUGCCAAGACUCAUCCCAAGGAGUUCUUUGUUGGUAUUCCUGAUGUCGUACCUGUUGUCUCUGACUGCAUGUGGGAUACCAAAUCCGAAGUCAAGAAGAAGGCUACUGAAACCAUGUCUGUCAUCUGUGGUUUGAUCGAGAAUAAGGAUAUUGAACGCUUCAUUCCAGCCGUUAUUGCUUGUAUCAACCACCCCGAAAAUGUUCCAGAAACGAUUCACUUGCUUGGUGCUACCACUUUUGUUCAAGAAGUUGAUUCUGCCACGCUCUCUAUCAUGGUUCCUCUCUUGUCCCGUGGUCUAAACGAACGUGCUACUCCUAUCAAGCGUAAGUCUGCCUUGAUCAUUGAUAACAUGUCCAAGCUUGUGGAUGAUCCUGAUGUCGCUGCUCCUUUCUUGCCCGUCCUCUUACCUGCUCUCGAAAAGGUGCAAGACGUCGUUGCUGAUCCUGAGUGCCGUGGUGUCGUUCAAAAGGCUCUUGCCACCCUUCAACGUGUGGCUAAUCCUGGUGUCGAAGUCUUUACCAAGGAACAAAAGAAGGUCAAGGUUGAAUCUGCUAUCAAGGGACUUUUGCCUGAAAAUUUGGAUUCCUUCUUUGAUACAACCGUUUCCUUCUUGAACGAUGUCGCUCUCACACUCUGUGUCUCCAAGAAUUUCUUCAAAGAUGUCUGGAUCAAAUCCCUUGCCCCCUAUGCAAACUCCUUCCUCUCUAGCUCUGAUGCUGAAGGCCUUGCUGUUUCUGCCUUGGACAAUUGUGAGGAUGCAGUUACUCCCAAGGACCCCGAAGAAGAGGACGAUGAAGGUGAAGAUCUCUGUAACUGUGAAUUCUCUCUUGCUUAUGGUGCCAAGAUCUUGCUUAACCGUACCUCUCUUCGUCUCAAGCGUGGUCGUCGUUAUGGUCUCUGUGGUGCUAAUGGCUGUGGUAAGUCUACACUCAUGCGUGCCAUUGCCAACGAACAGGUCGAAGGCUUCCCUCCUCGCUCUGAACUCAAGACUGUCUACGUCGAACACGACAUCGAUGGCUCUGAAGCCGAUACUCCUUUGGUUGAUUUUAUCCUUGCUUCCGAAGGUGUUGAGACCAAGGAUCCUGAAGAAGUUCGCAAGAUCCUCUUGGAAUAUGGCUUCUCUGAACAAAUGGUUACCAAGAUGGCUAUUGGUGAACUCUCUGGUGGUUGGAAGAUGAAGCUUGCUCUUGCCCGUGCUAUGUUGAUGAACGCUGAUAUCCUCUUGUUGGACGAACCUACCAAUCACUUGGAUGUUGUCAACGUUGCCUGGUUGGAGAACUACCUCCUUGGUUUGAAGACUGUUACCUCCAUCAUUGUCUCCCACGACUCUGGUUUCUUGGAUCAUGUCUGUUCGGACAUCAUUCACUACGAACCCAAUUAUAAGCUCAAGCGUUAUAAGGGUAACUUGUCCGAAUUCGUCAAGAAGGUUCCUCGUGCUGCCUCUUACUAUUCCUUGGAAGCUACUCAAAUCAAAUUCUCUUUCCCUGAGCCUGGUUUCUUGGAAGGUAUCAAGACUAAGGAACGUGCAAUCUUGAAAAUGAAGAAUGUCGACUUCCAGUAUCCUGGUUCUGACCGCAAGCAACUGAUUGACAUCUCUAUGCAGUGUUCUCUUGCCUCCCGUGUUGCCGUCAUUGGUCCCAACGGUGCUGGUAAGUCUACCUUGAUCAAGUUGUUGACUGGUGAAAUUGAGUCCGAGGUUGGUACUGUCUGGAGACAUCCUAACUUGCGUAUUGCCUAUGUCGCUCAACAUGCUUUCCAUCACAUCGAACGUCACUUGGACAAAACCCCCAACGAAUACAUCCAAUGGCGUUACCACACUGGUGAAGACCGUGAAGAACUCGAAAAGAACGAACGUAACAACGCCGAAGAAAACCAAAAGGCUAUGGAACAAGUCUUUGUGAUCGAAGGUGAAAAGCGUGUUGUUGAAGCCAUCGUGGGUCGUCGUAAGCUCAAGCAGUCCUACGAAUACGAAGUCUCUUGGGUCGGUCGCUCCUCUGUUGACAAUACCUGGAUCUCUCGUUCCAAGCUUGAAGAAAUGGGUUUCGGUAAGAAGAUUGCUGAAGUCGAUGCUGCUGAAGCUGCCAAGAUGGGUCUCAAUCGUCCCUUGACUGCCAAGGAAAUCGAAAAGCACUUGGCUGAAGUUGGCCUUGAACCCGAAUUCGCUACUCACUCUCGUAUCCGUGGUCUCUCUGGUGGUCAAAAGGUCAAGUUGGUCAUUGGUGCUGCUAUGUGGAACAGACCUCACAUGCUUGUUCUUGACGAACCUACCAAUUAUUUGGAUCGUGAAUCUCUCGGUGCUUUGGCUACUGCUAUCAAGGAAUAUGGUGGUGGUGUUGUCAUCGUUACUCACAACCGUGAAUUCUCUGAAGCUUUGUGUACUGAAGUCUGGAAGGUUGACAACGGUCGCUUGACUCCUUCUGGUCACAACUGGGUCUCUGGUAACGGUACUACUGUCAUCAAGGAACAAGAAGCAGAAGACAUGGUCGACGCUCAAGGCAACACCAUCAAGGCCGUCGAAAAGAAGAAGAAGCUGACCUCCAAGGAACUCCGUAAGAAGAAGAAGGAGCGUAUGGAACGUCGUAAGCGUGGUGAAGAAGUUUUCUCUGAUGAAGAUGACCUUUAA